UUCACAACCCUGCCUCCUCGUAGAUGCAGUGUACUUUAAGUAAUAUAAGGCUGUUCCUGCAUCAGUCUUGCGCGGAGAGUUACCUAUCAAAGCCUUGAGUGCUAUCCUCCUCCAAUUUCUAACAAUGUUAACAGGGUAAUACAGAGUCUGUCCAUCUGGUGACGACAUCACUCAUUCACUCUUGGCUUCCGCUCAAUCAACUGGGACUUCGUCUCACUACCUACUCUAUGCCACUCAAGGCUCUUCUUCUAAGAAGCAUUCCAUACCCCCCUUCAACUCAUCCAUGACAUCCUCGUUCGUCCACAUUAGCUACAUUCAAUCAACCAUCCCUGUGCACAUGCUUCCCGCGUGAUAAGCAGCUACUUGCCAACCUGUCUGCCUGCCUGCCAUCUCAUUUUUUUGGUGAAACAAACGAGCCAUAUUCGAACGAGGCACAGACAGGUCUCUCCAAUGUCGCCAUCCCCUUGAGACAGUCUUCCAUUCACCCCUCAUUUGCUUCCUCUCAUCACCUUAUAAUAUUUGCCAUCCAUUCACUAUGGCGAACACAUUGGCAGCUCUCAAAAGCCUGCCCUGUCCUGCCGGCGAUAGUUGUACUGCUUUCCAAUGCCUUUUCAGCCAUACUCGCGAUCAAAGCGACAGUGACAAAACAACAGACAAGAACUCCCUUCAGAACAGAAGCACGCCAAAAGUGCCAGCUCCGUCUCGUCCACACCCGGAUGAGGACACUAACGACACCCCAAGACCAGAACUGCAAAGGAAGCGAGUAAAGCUCGACAUAGACAGUGCUUACGUCUCGCCCCGGCCCUCAUCGUCCUCGGGCCCGGCAGGCUCUACUAAGACACAGCUUGGUGAACAAAGAAGAGGGUUGGCCGCUAGCACCUCCGGAACCGUACACGCAAGCGGUUCCCCUUCUGCCCCGAGGCGUGUGGCUCCAUCUUCAACUGAAACAAACGAAAACACAGCUGACCGCCAGACCAAAACUCAGGAGUCGAUGGCUACUGUCUCUGUAGCGCCUGCUAGCUCGCCCGGCUUGGCUUCUGAUGCUCGGUCAAAGCCAAUCGGCAAGGUGCCCGAAUCACUUAACCCUCGCCUCUUAAAGAAAGCCCCAACAAGUCAUGCCACCCGAGUGGCGUUGGUGAAGGCCCUGCAUAAGGAAUUCCAGCGGCUCAAUAAUGAAUUAAAGAAAACAGCUAAAGGGACGGAGAAGGAGUGGCUGAUGUCUGAUCAGGAACUCAUCGUCAAGACGUUAGACGAGGAGCAAGAAAUAGCUACUAAAAAGACUUCUAUCUACGCCACUUCAAUACGGAAUAGAAUUUUGACCUACAAGAAGAUGUCCCUUGCUCAGUGGAAAGAUGAGAGAUCAAAGAUAUUCCAGAGUGAUAAUUCCAAUGACUCGAACUCAGCCACGCCAGCAGUGGUAGAAUCAAUUGAAACUGGUCUCACGUCAUCGCAAGAGUUUCAAUUUCUAUCUCGACUGGUGCUUGAUCUAGCUCCGCUCGAACGAUAUGGUUACAUUUCCAAGGUCCCAUCCCAAGAUGAUAUUGCGGCUGCCCAGGCGGCCGUUGAGGCCUGCGGCAACACUGAAACUUGCGAUCGGUGUACAAGAAGAUUCCAAGUUUUUCCUGGUCGUCGGGAACUAGACGGCGCUCUAGCAUCUAACGGGAGCUGUACCUAUCACCCAGGCAAACCAUAUUAUCUCGAGCGAGCACCAGGUGACCGCUCGAAGGCUCAACGGAGGUUCAGGUGUUGUCAGAGAAAUUACGAUGAUGAGGCAGGCGGUUGUACGACGGCUCAGCAUCAUGUUUUCAAGACAACUGACCCCAAGAGACUUGGUGCCGUGCUCAACUUUGUUCCUACUCCGACCAAUACUAAAAUACCCAGGGAGCGUGCCGUGUCCUUUGACUGUGAGAUGGCAUAUACCGUUUACGGGUUAGAGCUCAUUCGAUUGACUGUCGUGUCUUGGCCGGCUGGCGGUACCCUCCUCGACAUCCUAGUUCGUCCAGUAGGCGAGGUCUUGGACCUCAAUACUCGAUUUUCCGGUGUGCGACCAGAGGAUAUGGCUUUAGCCGAACGAUGUGAAGUUGGUACCAACCACCAACCGACAAUACUCCCAGCGCAGGACCCUAGCCAGACGCCUCAGCGUCGAUUGAAGAUCGCCGCCUCACCUCGAGUCGCUCGAGAUAUACUUUUUACAGUUAUAAGUGCAGAAACGCCACUGAUUGGCCACGGCCUCGAGAACGAUCUGAAUGCUGCACGCAUUAUCCAUCCAAGUUGCAUCGACACAGUACUUUUGUAUCCACACAAAAAUGGUUUACCCAUGCGCCAUGGUCUCAAACAUCUUAUGGAGGCGAAGCUUGGCCGAAAAAUCCAGGUUGAUUCCGGCGAAGGUUCUCCAGAAGGCCAUGAUAGUGCUGAAGAUGCACAGGCGGCAGGUGACUUAGUCCGGCUUAAGAUUCGGGACGAAUGGAAAUCUAUGCGGUUGGCGGGUUGGACUGUGGACACUAACGGAGAGUUACAAGCCCCUAGUGAGGUCUGGACCGUCGUGGGAGGUGCUCAGGUAAAGAAGUCUCGCAAUCAUUGACACCGAGACUUCCAUUUAAAAUAGGGAUCACUCUCACAUUUAAAGCUGUAUAAGGGAUGGUCGUGCAUAUCAGGGCAUGAGUGGACGAGCUUUGAGGGAUCACUGAGAAUCAGACUCCUCACGAGCAGGGCUGGUGACAAGCCCAUGCUUUGAUUUUCACAGCGCUCGAGUCUAAGACCAUAUUCGCAUGCUUUCGUUUACUGGCCCCUAAGGCUCUGCCAACAUGAUCUACGGGUGCUAUGUCGCCGGAUGCGGCUCAUCAGAGAACACCGAUGAUCGCUCUUACGCCGUCAAGAAUAAAUGAUCGGGUUGAACGUCAGAUCGUAGCAAAUAAAAAAACAUUUGAUGAACGUGAGCAUAUGUGGCAUA